CUCAUCUGGGCAUUAUAAAAAGUCUGCUCUGGCUGGAGUUGUUCAGUCUCGUCACCAACUCCACCAGACCACCAUCAUGAAAUUCGUGGCUCUUGCUCUUGCCGUUCUCCUGGCAGUCGGCUGCCAGGCCGCUUCCCUGCAGGCUGAUGCCCCCUCCCAGCUGGCCCAUAUUAGGUCUGCUGUGGAUGUCUACCUGACACAGGCAAAGGAAAGUGCCAUCAAAGCUCUGGAUCAGCUUGAUGACACUCCAUACCAGGAACUAAAGGUUAACCUGGCUCAGCGCCUGGAAGACAUGCACAACAACAUCAAGCAGCUGCAGUCCCAGGUUUCCCCUAUGACAGACAGCGUUGUUACCACCAUCUCUGAUGCCACUGCCGAGUUCCGUGCCUCUAUCAUGGCCGACAUUGAUGCUCUGAAAGUUGAGCUUGAGCCCAAGCGUGCCAAGCUGAGGGAGGUCCUCGAAAAGCACAUGGAGGAGUACCGCACCCACUUGGAGCCCAUGGUCAAAGAGUACUCUGCCAAGCACAAUGCUGAGAUGGAAGCUCUGAGGGCCAAGAUGGAGCCAGUUGUGGAGGAGCUGCGUCAAAAGGUGGCCACCAACGUGGAAGAGACCAAAGCUGCACUGAUGCCCAUUGUUGAAUCUGUGCGCAACAAGCUUGUCGAGCGCCUGGAGAACCUGAAGCAGGUGGCUACCCCUUACGUGGAGGAAUACAAAGAGCAGCUGAAGAAGCUCUACAACCAAGCACAAGGCGUCAAUAAUGAGGAGCUCACCAACCUGAGGGAGAAGCUGGCUCCUCUUGGAGAGGAAAUCAGGCAGAGGCUCCAAGCCAUGGCUUCGAUCAUCGGCGAAACCUUCAACAAAAGCUAAAUCGUCUCUGUCUUCCUUUUAACUAACCUCACCUUCCUGUCUGUCCUAGAUCCAUCGAAGGUGUCUCUAUGUUCUUUCUCCCCCCACAAACGACCACCUCAGAAGUGAAGCUAGUGCCUAACUUAUGAACAAAAACGGCAGAACUUCCUCCCCUCCGAGCACGCAACUUCAUGCACACACGCCAGCAUACACAUAGACACACAUACACACCUAGCACACACACAUCUUCGUCUUCACAUGCCCUCUUCUAACAUAUUGUGUAUGAAUUGUGCAUGAAUUACCUUACGGGCUUAAAUCUCUGUGUAAUGAUGGCAACUGUGCUUUGAUGAAAAAUACAGCUCAAUAAACAUCUGACUGUUUAUACAA